GCAUCCUCACACACUCUCUCUCUCUCUCUCUCUUCUCUACGCGUCUUCAUUGUUUUUGUGGGCGUAGUAGAUUUUUAGAGAGAAAGAGAAGAAGAAAAAAAAAAAAUUCUCCGAUUUGGAUCUAUUUGACCAAUUCCUUUUUAUCUAUCGAAUCCAGUGAUUGGUUGCUAUGGCUGCUGCAGUCCGUUACGCACCUGAGGAUCAUUCUCUUCCCAAGCCUUGGAAAGGCCUUGUCGAUGAUCGAACUGGAUACUUGUACUUUUGGAAUCCUGAGACCAACGUUACUCAGUAUGAGAGACCUCCCAAGCUGCUCUCUGUUAGCUCUUCCGUUCACACUUGUUCCAUACCAAAUGGUAGUAGCUAUGUCCCUGCCAAGGAUGAUGAUGAUGAUGUUCAGUACCGUAACGGUGGACCUAAGGUUGUUGAUUCUGGCUCCAGGUUUACUGAGGUUGCCAGGAGUGGAGCGAAUGGUGCUGCUAAUGGACUUGGGAAUUCCUCUGCAAGAGGUCCUCCUCCUCCUUCAUCAGCUCCAGCAAAUGAUGAUGAUGUUUCCUCCGAGGCCUAUUCCCGCCGUCAUGAAAUUACUGUCAGUGGGGGCCAAGUUCCACCACCUCUAAUGUCCUUUGAAACUACUGGUUUUCCUCCUGAGCUUCUGCGUGAGGUACUCACUGCAGGUUUCUCUGCUCCAACUCCGAUUCAAGCUCAGUCGUGGCCAAUUGCGAUGCAAGGUAGGGACAUAGUAGCCAUUGCUAAAACCGGCUCGGGAAAAACUUUGGGUUACUUGAUUCCUGGCUUCAUGCAUCUUCAACACAUCCGGAAUGAUUCGAGAAUGGGCCCAACAAUCUUGGUAUUGUCUCCAACGAGGGAGCUGGCCACACAAAUCCAAGACGAAGCUGUUAAAUUUGGGAGGUCGUCAAGAAUUUCCUGUACGUGCUUGUAUGGUGGUGCACCAAAAGGUCCUCAGCUGAGGGAUUUAGAAAGAGGAGCAGAUAUCGUGGUUGCGACUCCUGGACGAUUGAACGAUAUCCUUGAGAUGAGGAGAAUAAGUCUGCGCCAAGUAUCUUAUCUUGUGCUAGAUGAGGCUGAUAGAAUGUUGGACAUGGGUUUCGAACCGCAGAUAAGGAAGAUUGUGAAAGAGAUUCCCACUAAGCGUCAAACACUUAUGUACACAGCUACAUGGCCAAAGGGAGUCAGGAAAAUUGCAGCUGACUUGCUUGUUAACCCUGCUCAGGUCAACAUUGGCAAUGUUGACGAGCUUGUGGCUAACAAGUCGAUCACGCAGCACAUUGAAGUGGUAGCACCGAUGGAGAAACAGAGGAGGUUAGAGCAGAUAUUGAGGUCUCAGGAACCAGGAUCAAAGGUGAUAAUAUUCUGCUCAACCAAAAGGAUGUGUGACCAACUAACUCGCAAUAUAACCCGCCAAUUUGGAGCUGCUGCUAUACAUGGAGACAAGUCGCAGCCUGAGAGAGACAGUGUUCUGAAUCAAUUCCGCAGUGGCAGGACUCCGGUUCUUGUUGCAACUGAUGUUGCUGCUCGUGGACUGGACGUCAAGGACAUCAUGGCGGUCAUAAACUAUGAUUUCCCCAUUGGAGUGGAAGACUAUGUUCACAGAAUCGGAAGAACAGGAAGAGCUGGAGCGACUGGUCAGGCAUUCACAUUCUUUGGCGAUCAAGACUCGAAGCAUGCUUCGGAUCUGAUCAAGAUCCUGGAAGGAGCAGACCAGAAAGUUCCUCCUCAGAUCCGCGAAAUGGCUGCCCGUUGUGGUGGUGGUGGAAUGAACAAAUUCAGCCGUUGGGGUCCUCCUUCUGGAGGUCGUGGCAGAGACUCUGGUUAUGGUGGCAGAGGUAGCAGCUUCGGUUCACGUGACAGUGGAAUGGGAAGCAGAAGCAGUAAUGGAUGGGGAAGAGAGCGCGAAAGGAGUCGUAGCCCGGAGCGAUUCAACAGAGUUCCACCACCGUCUUCCAAUGGAUCUCCUCCUCGCAGCUUCCACGAGGCCAUGUUGAAGCACAGAUAAAUGAGCAAACACGUGAAGGUGUUAUUGGGAGAAUAUUUCUUACAUCAUAUGACAUUAUUUUUGGCCGAUGAAGAGCGUUACGUUGAAAACAAAAGACAUGUAAAACUAGAAUUGUUUGUUUUCUAUUGUAUUUCCUUAUGUGUUAUGAUCCGACUUCCGCAGAUUUGAUACUCAGAAUUUGUUGUUUAGAUAUGGUAUGCUACGUUUAGCUUUUUAAAUGUCAAAAACAAAUGGUGUGUGUUGCUUUUUGA